CAUUCAUCAUUUUUGAAGAAAAAAAAAAUUUAAUUGACAAAAACAUCUUUAGAUGUGUGACAUUUUCAAUAAUUAUAAUGUGAUAUUAUUAUUUUGUUGUUCCAAGUGAGUGUGUGUGUGUGAUUAAUGGUUAAUUAAUGGUCACGCACACUUGGAUGUUGAAUUAGUAACAACGAUUUGGACGAACAAACAAACAAGGAAAAAAGAAUAAUUGAAAAAAAUGAUGAAUGAAGAACGUAAUGUUCUUGAUGAUCUUUUGGACAAUGGUGAUGAUGAAGAUUUUGAUGCCGAAUUAAAAGCGGCUAGAAAUUUUGAUCGUACAAGAUUGGCAACAACAACAACGACAAAGAAUAAUAAAACAUUGGCUCGUAAUAACAAUUUGGAUUUGAAGAAAAAAUCUUCAACAAUCAAACCACAAUCAUCAUCAAAAGAUAAUGGCAACAAGUCGAAUAAUAAUUUGACAAAUCGAUCAAGUGGAAAUAAUGGUGGUGGAAAUAAUAAUGAUCGAAAACAACGAAGAUCAAAAUCACAUGAAUCAUCUCGAUCAUCAGCAUCAUGUCAAUCACAAUAUAGUUGUGAUUCAGGAUCUUGUUCAUGUGAAGAUCAUAGUUCAAUUACUGGUCCGGGUGGUGAUGAUGAUCAUCAAUUACCAAAUACAGCAACAACAACAACUGCUACUGCAACUUUGAAAGAUAAAAAUGAUGAUGAUGAUAAUGAUGAUCGUGCAUCGAAUGCCGAUAGUAAUCAUUCAUAUCAAUCAUUUACACGAUCUCCAAGCUUAAAAAUAAAAAUAACCAAAAAUUCCGAUUCACGUACGGUGGCAAAAUCAACAAAUUUACGUGAUGAUCUUAAUGAUGAUGAUGAUAAUGGUAAUGGUGAAAAUGAUGAUGAUCCCACUGCUAAAAUCGGACGUAAAAGGAAACAUGGCCAUGAUAAUGAUGAUGAUAAUGACGACGGCGAUGAUGGCCUUAAACGUAGCCGAAGACAUGCUCAUCAUCGUCAUCAUCAUCGACAUCAACAUCAUAAUCGUCAUAAUCAAUCGCCAUCAUCGUUGAAGAAAAAUACAUCAACAACAGCCAAAAAACGCGAUUAUUCAUCAUUGAUUAAAUAUUUUUUCAAAGAUAGUUGUUAUUUUGUUAUGAAAAGUAAUAAUGAAGAAAAUGUUGAAAUAAGUAAACGUGAAGGUGUUUGGUCAACACCAUUACCAAAUGAAAUGAAAUUGAAUAGUGCAUUUCGUGAAUUUCGUAAUGUAAUAUUAAUAUUUUCGGUAAAAGAAAGUGGAAAAUUUCAAGGUUUUGCACGACUAUCAUCCGAAGUACAAUAUGAUUUAGAACCAGUUAAGUGGGUAUUACCACCUGGUAUACAAAGUUGUCCAUUUGGUGGUAUAUUUUUUAUUGAUUGGAUUUGUCGUAAUGAAUUACCAUUUACACAUACAUCACAUUUAUAUAAUGCAUUUAAUGAAUCGAAACCAGUAAAAAUUGCACGUGAUGGCCAGGAAAUUGAACCAAAAACAGGUGAAGAACUUUGCCGUUUAUUUCCUGCUGAUGAUUUUGUCGAUCUAAUUCCAAUGCUGAAACGAAUGAAAAAACAAACAUUGAAUCGCCCGAGAAAACGUCAUUCACGUGGACCAUUUAUGGAUAGUAAUAAUAAUAAUGCUGGUUCAACAACAACAACAACACGUCAUGAUAGUUAUCGUAAUAAAACAUCUUUACAUUUAUCAUCAUCGACAACCGAAACAACAUUAUCUCUUCAUUCCAUCAAGUAG